AUGUCGAACUACUACAACCCUCCACCAAACCAAGGCUACGGCGCCGGUCCCUCUGCCGGCGCCGGCGCCCAGAAUCUCCAGUUCUACCCCUCCUCCUACGGGCCCGGCGUCCAGGGCCAGGGGAACCCCCAGCAGGCUUCCUACGGAUACGGCGCCCAGCCGGGCGGCCAGUUUGGCGGUGCGGGAUCACCUGGGUUCGGCGGCGGAUUCGGCGCCGCGGCAGGCGUGUCGGGACGCAUGGGCGAGCAGGGCGGUCUGCGCACCGGCUGGCUCGCCGCCUUUUCGACCGAGGGGUACGACGGCGAGCCGCCGCUGCUGGAGGAGCUGGGCGUCAACUUCAAGCACAUCCAGACAAAG